AUGGGAAGCCCAAGUCGCGCCGCAGACUGGUGGUCGGCGGGUAUCGUCUUGUACAAGCUCACGACGGGGCGGGUGCCGUUCCGUGGAAAGACCAAGCAGGCUCUGCGCGAGCGCAUCAUCACGUCGCCGCUCAAGUUUCCCCGCAUGGAGGACCACCCGCACUCGGCGACGGCACCGGCGAAGGACAUGAUGUACCGCAUGCUCAAGAAGAACCCUGUGGAGCGGCUGGGUUCGCGCAACUACAGCGACCUCAAGACGCACCCGUUCUUCGAGCGGUUCAACUGGCAGAUGCUGUACAACCGGACCAACCUGUGCGAAAUAUCUAGCAUCGCCGAGAUCCUGAAGGCCGACGAGGAGAAGGGCAACGCACCCGACCCGGACGACCAACGCCGCCACCUGACCAUCGACGAAAUGACCGACAUCGCCUUCGAAACACAAAGACCGCUGCUCUGCUACGCAUCGGGAAGCUUCAAGAAGCUCAUGAACACGGUCAGGCAGAGCAAGACGCCCAUCAACCUGUCCGGCUCGUUCAUGGAAACCAGCGGCAUGUCAACCACACCCGUUGACUACCGCGCCGCCACGCCCGGUCAGAGCAGCACCAAGACAGGACUCGCGAGCACUGGCGUUGAAGAGGGUCGGAAGUCCAACAUCGAAAAAGUGGACCUGAUCCUGUUCCGGAAGAAGAAAUUUUACAGAUAUUGGAGCUUCGGUUUUUCGAUGCGUAGAGUGAAAGGCGAAGACGACAACUUUUAUCUCUACGUCGAUGGCGUGAAGAAGGACAGCCCGGCGGACCGGUCCCAGGUGCUCCCCCUAGACGUGAUCCUGAGCGUGAACGGGAACCCCGUGGAGGACGUGGCGCAGGCACGCCAGGCUCUCGGCACGUGCGGCGACCAGCUCGUGCUGUCGGUGAUGUCGUCGAGCACGUACCGCGUGCUCACCUCGCGCCGAGACAUGAUGAGCCUGAUACGCUGCCUGCCCAAGGAAAACGCGGUGCUCAAGAGCGUGCCCUUCUCCUGCAUCACGGGAAUGCCGUACGGCUUGGGCGUUGUUGACGUCAGCGUGUGGGACGACAAGGCGAAUCGCUUGACCACAGUCUUCGUGCUCACCGUGCGUACAUACACACACACAAAAAAAAGACUCCACUGCCCAUCAUUCGUGCCAUCUCCCGAAGCGGAAAACCACACCGACGUGACGCCGGUAAGCAAUGAGACGGUGUAUCCGGGCGACGUGCUGUCGCAAAUCGACGGCGUCAACCUGGAGGGCCUGAGGCACGACCAGGUGAUGCAGAUGCUGAACACGGCGACCGGCGACGUCACAGUGUCCGUGGUGCCGAUGUCGCCUAUGCGCGUGCGCCGCAUCCUCGUGAGCAAGCUGCACGAGACGGUCUUGACUGACACAAACGUGGGCAGCCGCUCCACUGCGGCUGACAUCGAGUCGCAGUGA